AUGGAAAAUGCUCCGGAAAUUCAAGAAGAACAAGAAGAAGCUCAAGUUUUGAGGUGAUUUUUGCAAUGCUCUUAAUUUUUUUCUGAAAAUAUUUAUAGAUAUAUUUUCAGAGCUUAUGUUUGUGGGUGCGGAAAAUGCACAAUUGAAUUAAAUUGGGGGAAAGAAAGAGUUCAAACAUCUUCUCCACAAAUUGCGGCGGCGUAUUAUCGAGCAAUGCGCAAAAAUUUACGAUUUUCGAAGAUGGAGUUAUGUUUGUGGGGGAACAACUCGUCGACCAGAACGCAAGACAAAAUGAAUGCCAUUAAGGCCUUCCACAAAUGUCCGGUUAUUCUCCAAUUUUUGGAUCAAUAUGAUGAUUGGAAGAAAGCGGUCGAGGAAAUUCGCGAAGAAGUCAAAGCUGCCGCGGAACCCGAAACGGUAACUUUUUAGAAAAAUUUGGAGAUUUUUUGAAUUUUCUCAUUUUCCAGAUUCUAAUUUUGGUUAGAAAUUGGAACGGGGAGAAGAAAAGUUUUGAAUUAUUCAAUAAUGCUUUGAUUGGAACUUUGCGAUCGAAAAUGAGAGAAGUUUUUGGAUCGGCUUACAAUGCCAAUAAACAAAUCUACUUUGGAGCAAAUAAAUUGGAAUAUUUGAAAAGUUUGGAUCAUUAUAAUGUGAGUACUUUUAAGAAAAAUUAAGUAUUUCAAGAAACAAUUUAUAUUUUCAGAUUGGACACGGAUCAAUCUUGAAGGUUGAAUAA